GCAACGGAUUUGCAGUGCGGACCUUCAAGUUGGAUUGCUGUGCAGAGAUACAGUCCGUGUCCACGCCAUCCAAGCUGCAGGAAAGGUUCUUUCCUUUACCGCAUGUCCGGCACGAAGGAGAAAUUGACCGAAAUAAACCUAAAUGACAGUAUACAUGAAUACAGGAGGCAAUGCGACAACACCAGCUCUUGCCAGAUACGUGACGGCCCAUAUACUUUUUCAGUAUACAGCUGCACACCAGACGCACUGCGGACAGACAUCUGCACUGAGAACUGCAGCUGGAAAUUUCCGCGAAAGCAUGGAUAUCUCGCCUCGGCCGGCUAUCCGCAGACGAUCGGGGUCGAAGGCAAGCAACCCAUUAGCAUAAACUUGUGCAGCGAGCCAAGUGUUGACCGCGUAAUGACCAUUUUCAUGAUGAACAGUGACUUCUGCAGCGGCAAUCAGCUGAUAGUGACAAAUGACCGGAGCAAUCUUGCGUGGCCUGGACAACAGGGAGCUGCUCUUUUGGCGCCAAACUCGACGAUAACGAUUGUGCAGGCGAGCGCCUGUCAAGCCAACUUCUUGCUUUACUACGCAGAUGCAACCCUGUUCAAUUGCACGGGACUCCAACAGACGCUCAAUGACGGAGUAGGUCACCUGAUCCGCACGCCUCCACUGCAGCCAAAGAACACUAUCUGCUCCUGGAUCAUUCAUAUCUUGCCCUAUCGAACACUGCAGUUCAUAUUUCACGAGUUUUUAACGGGAACCUGCGUGACAAUUACGGAGGAAAGCAGUAAGCGCUACGUUAAUGAUUGCGUGCAAGUGCAAGAGAUAGUCAUAUCUGGAGUAUCCGGCCCCAUCACAGUAACACCGUGGGACUAUCCACUAGUGCCAGACGCCACGCCAUGGAUCACAUACAGAGUGUUGCCGACGGAGUUCAGCUCAGUGGAAGCUGCCGCGACGCCACUCCCUGGUUGUCCCCCUAAGAUUGGCAACGACAACUUGACGAAUUUCUACAACCUGACGUCACCGGUGCGGGCGGAGACUUGGAACACGACUCCGGCGGAGGAGGUCUCGCCGUACGCGUGGGGCUUUCUGAGCGGAGGUGCAUUUAUAGACAAGGGCAGUGUGAUACCAGCAGUGGUGAUCGCUGCAUGUUCGACGGUAAUCGGCGUCAUUCUAGCUUGCGUCGUAUGCUGCUGCUACCACCGCUCAAAGAACAGCUCAAAGCACCGCAAGGUGUCACUGCCGCUAACGGCCGCCAAGUCCUCGCGCGAGGUGGAAGAAGCGCACAGCAUGCAGCCCGUCGCAGCGCAGGGCGCGGCCGCCGCCCUCGCCGUGACCGUCACGGAGCCGCCGCGCUCGCACGCCGGCAGCCACCGCCGCCGCACGCGCUACAACGUCAAGGUGAAGAACCCGGCGGCGCGCGCAGUGCUGCUGCCGAUCACUCGCUACAGCCAGCACGUCGGCAUCAGCUUCUACGGCAGCGACUUCGAGGGGGACAGCGACGACGAUGACGACGCACAACACGCCGAACCCAUCUACGCGAACGUACCGCCGUCGGUGCGCAGGAGCAGCGACGCUGCGGCGGCGGCGGCCCCGCCACCAAAAUACGACUCCUACGUCAGCAUGAGGCCCAAUGCGAACGACUACGCCAACGUCGGUGCAAAUCGUAACAAUGAGCACGAAUACAGCUACGUUGACUAG